AUUUUGCGAUAGUUCAAUAGUUUAUUUGAAUAUAUAAAAGUAGCAAAUUAUAUAAACUACAAUCAUACCGAACCUACAAGGUAACUCGUGAAAAGAAAUUCAGCACAAACGCGUUAUGACACUAGCACUGAGAUGGCAAGAAUGCCCCGUGAACACUUAUUAUACAAUUAAUCGAAUUUUAUUACUAUGUGUCGGCUUAUGGCCGUGUCAAAAGUCCACUUUCAAAUACAUCGCAAUAACAUUAAUGACGAUAAUACUUGCAUCGUCCGUAAUAUUUCAGCUAACGACUUUCAUCACAAGAGAAUGUAAUACAGACGUUUUUCUGCGUGUUCUCACUUACAGCAUCCCAUGGUUGGGCUAUAUGUUAAAAUAUAAUGUUCUCUGCUUAAACGCAAAACGGAUGCGAAACCUUAUGGAACGAAUGCUUUGUGAUUGGAAUGAAUUAAACAACGUGCAAGAAAUUGAAAUAUUAAAAGAAUACGCAGAUAUCGGAAGAUUCAUCACAUUGAUUACAAUAUUGUUCAUCUACGGAUCCAUUUUUUGCUUCAUUCUGAUACUAUUUCUAUCGAACUUUCUUCUGGACAUCACAUCCAGUAAAAAUGAAUCGCGUCCACGACAACUUCCGGUCCUAAUAGAAUGUUUUAUAGAUCAGCAAAAAUAUUUUUUUCUAAUUUUGUUAGCAGCAUGUUUCGCUGUCGUGUGUAGUAUAACCACGGUGAUAGCCUCCGAGACACUUAAUAUGUCAUACACGCAUCAUGCGUGUGGUUUAUUUGAAAUAGCCAGCUGUCGUAUAGAACAAGCAUUGCGCAAAAAUACGGUACAAGGUAUUGCAUCUUCUACCGAAAGAAAUUCGAUAUUAUAUCAAGGGAUAAUCAACGGCUUUAAUAUGUACAAAAGAGCAAUCGAGUUUAUCAAAAUGUUGAAAAGAUUUCAUGACUGGACCUAUUCAUUACUGUUGCCCUUAAUGGUACUAUCUCUGAGCAUUAAUCUUUAUCGCUUUUCUCGAUUGAUAGCAUCCAAGGAAUAUUCCGAGCUGAUCAUUAGUUUUAUGUAUAUCCUCGGCCAUUUUUGGUACAUGUUUUUGUAUAACUACUUAGGACAGAAAGUGAUCGAUCAUAGCAGUGAUGUUUUUCACAGAAUAUACGACGUGCAAUGGUACAUAGCUCCGUUGAAAGUGCAAAAGCUAUUGCUGCUUGUGAUGCAAAGAAGUAUGCGACAUUGCACACUCAUCAUUGGCGGCUUGUUUGUUCCGUCAUUAGAAGGAUUCGCCACGCUUACAAACACGUCAUUUUCAUAUUUUGCGGUGAUUUUUUCUGUGUUUUAAUCAUCCGCAUAAAAUAGAAGCAUCAAAGCUCAAAAUUCCACGAUCCAACUAGUUCUAGUAUACAUUUAUAGUAUACGUUUUACAAAAAAAUUAUAAUAAAAUGCAGAAAUGCAAUUAUCCUGCUUUAAGGUGUUUGUAAAAUGAAC